UAAACCAAUGACGACCUCUUCCUUACCGAAAGGUUAAACCUAACCUCGCGGCUAAUUUCCCCCGGUUCUCCUGCUGGCAUUAACAAUAAUGACCGGUCCAUUGUAAAAAAGCUCGAAUUGCCGAAUAAUUGACAGGAAUUGACAGUUAGUCAAAAACUGUGGAGACGACGGGAAUAUCUCAGAAGAAGACGUAACCAUGGCGAGCCGAUUAGCAUGGUUUUUGACACGCACAGGAAGAACAUUUGUGGCUGUAUCAGCCACUGCGGCUUGUGUUACAACCUCCCUCGCAACAUAUUUACCGCACACAUUUAUGUUGAACCAAUAUCGUGAUUUGGUUGCAAUGAGAAAGAAUAAUGACCCCUUCGAAGUCCCCCCAAAGCUUCAGUCACUGUUUUCGUCAGUUCUGGACGAUCUCUCCUUCGACGAUUACUACCGAUUACUCUCGAAGUCGUUCAUGGUCUUCGGCUUUGACGUUUAUCACAUGGGCUCUCUGUCCGCUCGCACGGGCACUUACAUCGGAUUCCCAAUUAAUUUCACCUAUGACUCAACCUCGGCAGUCAAAAAGAAUGACAUAUUCAUGAAUGAAGAGCCGAUAAACUGGAACAGAGAGGAUGCCAAACAGUUGCUGGAGUCUCUUAUCCUCUCAGACGAUGCCAAGAAAUACGCCAUGGCUAGGGAAGUCCUCAUGACGAAGAGUAACCAAAUUUUGUGGCACUCGAUCAACUCAGGGAUGUUAACUGCUGGAUGCUAUGGAUUCACUUCCAAAGCUAACGCGUCUCUGGAUCUCUAUACGAGGCCCAGAGCGCUCAGAGUAAUACUUUAUACACUGAGUUGCUUGUUUUUCUGGGGCGUCUGGUGCAUGCAAAAGGAUUCACUAAUCAGGUUCUACGAGUCUCGGGCUGAUGAACAUCUAGCUCAAUUAGGAGAUAAUUACAUAAGAGGUGGCAUCGAGUAUUACGAUAAGAUUCUGCAACGAAAUAAAGCCCUAAAAACGUUGGGUGGGCCCCAGGGAGCGAAGACUUUCAACACCGACGGAGAUGAGACUUUCCUCUUCAGACAGAAACACCUACCCAUCACUCAUCGAAAAGAAUUCUUAGAGAAAAAGCUCAAGGAAAAGAGUCAGAUGAGUGAAGUGGAGAAAGUCGAGGAAAUCGUGGGAAAUGCUGUUAAUUAGAAGAAUUAUAUAUAUAAGGCUUUUGAUUUUUUAAUUAAAAUUGUUGUACAAUUACAGGUUUACAUAUUUACAGUGUUUUUUAGAUUUUUUUUGCUAGUGUUUGAAGGGAUAACUUGUAGUUCAUCAAUUAAAAUAAGGAGAAUAUAAAUGAAUCAGGUAUUCUUCGUAUUUUAAUGAGUUACAUUCUCCGCCAAUCCACAAUAUUUAUAAGCAAGAGCACAAUAAAUCUCCAUAAAAAACGAUAUCUCGCGAUAUUUACAUAAACAUUCAACAUAAAUUAACAAUACAAUAAAUGAAGUUAAUUAAUUAAUUGCAGCACUGGAGAUGUCGGUUGAUCAAUCACUAGCUAAAUUCCGGCCUUUACACUUUAUUAAUUCGUUAAUCUAGCGGUAGACUGAGGCAAAAAA